AAUGAAUGAACCAGCAGAGAGGGGGAAUUGAAUAUUUUGUUUACAUUUCUGACAAGGCUAACUUUAAAACGUCCUUUCCACCAUUUUUUAAGCUUUCCAUUAUUUAAUAUUUACUCAUGGCGACAAAUAAAGGAACCAUGGAAAGUUAUUUCCAGUUUGUUGACUCUUGUGUCUCUCGGUAAAGUAAAUGUAUGGACAGAUAGUCUAUUACAUUGGACAUACAGCUUUUUGGUAGCAGAUGGCGCAGCAAAUAAAGAUUUAGCAGGCCUAGUUCUGGAUGCUAGGUUUAAUCCCGACACUGAAACUCUCUGUAGGACUUUGCUGGGGGUGAACAGUGUCGGAAGUUGGAGUGUUGCAGUACUAGCCGGGGCAGGUUGCGGUGCGUCUGAGACCGUAAACGCAUCACGCCACUUAUCCUAUAGCGCUACCGCAGCAGCACAUAACCGAAUACGCCACAAUGCUCUCCAUCACAUCCACUCUAAUCAAGAGCACCCGUGCUGUCCAGUGCGUGAGGCUGCUGCACACUUCUCCUGCCGCAAAAAUGCCGAUACAGGUGAGAUUUAAGUGCGCUGAAGCUAACGUUAGCUGUGUAUGCUAUAUGGCUUAUUCAGACAGGAGUGAGUUUGUGGCUUGGUGUUACAGACUGUGCACUUUUAUUCAGCUCUCUCUUCUUGUGUAGCUCUACAAGCUAACGGUCCCCUGAACCCUGUCGCCAUGACAGCCGUGCGCGUGGAGCGGUAGCCCCUUUGUUUGUUUGUUAUGGUCGUUUUCGUCCCCUCAGUACUUUUAGAGGUGCGUCCUUCACACCUGCUGAGGUUCAUUUGAAAGCAGCACAAUACAAACGCUCUGAGUUCAGCUGUGCAAUGUACCUAAUACGGUGACUUUUUCAAAACAGAGCCAUCCGAAAAAAAGAGAGAAUUUCUACUUCACACGUCGACAUAGUUGCAAAGUUAACUUCCCCCUAAGUUUACUAGUUUGUACAAAGUGAUAGUUUUAACUCUGGAGGAUAAUAUGACAACCGCCUACUCAUUAUGCAACUCAUUUCCCAGCUGCAGUUACGUGCAAGCAGUGUUUUUGUAAACGUAUUUAUACUUAUAACAUUGAGUUUACUGUACAGUCAAGGGCUUGUGUAAAGGGUUGUAUUUCAAGCGUGUCAACUGUAUGUCGGUCAAUGUCAGGCUUAAAUUUAGGCAUUCGGCCAUCUUAGCGUGAGACACGCACAUGCAUGUAAUAAUUUGUCACCCUCUGGUGGCCAACAGUGAGAAUGAUGAUUCAAUUUUUAAUCUUUAGUUUACACCGGCCUACCAUUACCAUUAUAAACUCCUCUUGUUUCAGGAAGCUUGUAAUUGUUCUGGCUGACAUGAUCAGACAAGUGAUCAUUGCCCUUAAUUCUCAUUAUUAAUGAUGGUGUACUGGAGUGUGUUCUGUUGAAAAGGUGUUCCUCAUAUUUUAUCCUGUAGCAAACAUGAUGAGAGCACUCAUCACUGAGUUUAUGUUCACUGAUUUUACCCUAUUUACACUACUGUGCAGAGGUUUGGGGAAAUACUUACAAAUGCACAAUACAAUCACUAUCUGUACUGCAGAAAAGAGCCAUAAGAAUAAUUCACUAUACCAGUUAUAGAGAUCACACAAAUUCACUAUUCUUAAAAUAAAAAUCAUUAAAAUUCACUGACCCGGUUCACUUUCAAACAGCACAAAUCAUGUACAAAGCAAUAAACAAUCUACUGCCUGGAAACAUCCAAAAAUAUCUGGUUUAUUAUGUAGUGGCUUGUCUGUGUGUUUUCUUUUCAUCCUUGAAUGAAUCACAAAGCAUUAUGAAGGGAUUUUCCAACCACAUUCACAAAAGUAUGUUUGCAGCUGACAGAAUGAGCAUGGGUUAAACUGUCUUUUUUUUUUUUUUUUUUUUACUGCCAACAGGUUGGUCAACCCCUUCCUGCUGUGGAGGUCCAGGAAGGGGAGCCAGGAAAUAAAGUGGCUAUGGAUCAGCUCUUCAAGGGGAAGAAGGGUGUCCUCUUUGCUGUGCCUGGAGCGUUUACCCCUGGAUGUUCCAAGGUUGAGCCCACUCUCUCAACUCUGAGUGUGCCAUUUCUAGAUCGCGCUUAUCUAUGCAUCAGCUGACAUUGUAUUUCUCUUGACAAUUUCAGACUCACCUUCCAGGUUUUGUGCAGCAGGCUGGUGACUUGAAGGGUAAAGGUGUUCAGGAGGUGGCAUGCAUUUCUGUCAACGAUGCAUUUGUCAUGGCCGCCUGGGGAAAGGAGCACGGGGCGGAUGGCAAGGUAAAGAUAAUCCUAUAUAAAAAGAACCAAUUUGGUGAUGACCUGCACCAGGAAGAAGAGGAUAGUAUUUACUUUAUCACUUAUCUCAAAGGUUAAAAGUUUAGGACUAUUACUGCCAGGCUUUUAAAGACAAAAGUAGAUGAUAACAGAUAUCUGUUGGUCACUAUUAAAGUUGAACAGGCUGUUUGUAUAGUAGAGGUACUUGAGAAGUUGUAACGAAUUUCAUGCAGUCUAUAAAGAAUGUGAUUCUAGCAGAUGAUUGAAUGUCACACUCUCAUUGUUAGUCUAUUAUUCUAUAUUUUAUUUGUGUGUCCUUUUGAGUCCUACAAAGACCUCUGCUUCCUUCAAUCAUGGCUGUGAAGUGCCCUUGAUGAGUAGAUAAGUUUAAGAUCUUGCACAUAUUUAAGGAUACAUCAAGCUCAACACUGCUGUCCUCUGCAGGUGCGGAUGCUGGCUGAUCCAACCGGAGCCUUUACAAAGGUAAAUGGAAAUGCCUGGAAUGUUUCGUUUUUAUUUAAUCUCCCUGCGUGUGCUCAUCCGUCUUUAUCUUUCUGACAUCUCCCUAGGCUGUUGACCUGUUACUAGACAGUGAUCAGAUCGUACAAGUGCUUGGAAACAAGCGAUCCAAGAGGUAACAGCCAUCAUUGCAUAUUAAUGUUUUGCAAAGGUUAUUUGUCCUUUUUUCUCAAAGUUUAGAUCAGUGUUAAUUCAGGCUGUGUUGGGAAUCAUUCUUUAUUUGCUGUAAUAGCCAAAGUGUCAGUUGUCCAAGAUUUUACUUGAAAGUCUGAUUUGAAAAUACAGGAAUUAUCUGUAAUGGCGCAAAAUAAGUUAUGUCCAUGAUAUGCUAUACAGUCUUCUUUAACACUGCGAAUCAUAGUUCUUCAACGGUAUGGAUGAAAAUUUUCUAGUUUGAGUUACUUUAUGAGUUUAAGUGCAGAAAAAAAUCGCAUUUUAUUGCCUCAAAUAAACUAUUGAAAGUAAGACAGAGUAUCUGUGAGUGAUAAGUGAACAGAUGAAAGAUGGAUCUAAGAUCAGUUUAAACAGAAUACAUACACAGUGUGAGCAUUUUUAUUUCAAACAACAUAAAGAUUCUUUUGGAUUUUGUGUUCUGGGUGUAUUUUCAAUCAUUAAACCUCAACCUAAAUUAAAAUUAUGAUUAAUUUUCAGAAUAUUGCAUUGAAAACUCCUUGUUUUUGUUUAGACAAGAUGUAUUCAGAGGAGUUUUCUAAUACAUUUCAAUUUCAAAUCUAUAAAUCAGUGACUGUACUCUUCUGUUUUUCAGAUAUGCCAUGUUGGUGGAAGAUGGAGUUGUGAAGAAGAUCAAUGUGGAGCCUGAUGGCACUGGACUGACUUGCAGCCUGGCUUCUAAUAUUCUGUCUGAUCUUUAGACUUGCAUAGAUUUACUUAAUGGGUAAACUUCAGGCACUAAUUUAGUGUUAAUGUAGCACUUGCAACCCCAUCACAACUUUUCAACCCUUCUCCUUUUUCCUUAAGGUUUAUGGAAAUGUCAGAAACAGUCAGACGGUUAUUAAUGCGCACAACUAUACCUUGAACUGCAUCCAAAGAAAAUUUCAGUCUUCUGUAUACUGUUACUCCUGAGAAAAUAAAGGUCACCCUGAAAGCAAUAA